CAACGUUCAGCUACGUUCGCGGGUGAGAUGCGAAUAAGUACCACUGCCGUAAAACAGAAUGAAGACUUGCAGGCUAAGCGGAGUGUGCCGGACGCGACGUAGCCUACUACGACUCACAAGUGCAAACAACGGUUUGGUUGAAAUGCCAAAAGUUUCCCCAUGUCUGCACACCCAAGUUCUCUACCCUGUGACCACGCGUUGUUUGACCAAUUCGUGGCUUUCAUGGGGCAUGACUUCGGAGAGCAAACACAGAAAAGUUCACUGAACGAGACCAAGAAUGCUCCAACACAAAUUACAAGCGGGGUAGCUCUACAGCCCAGCAUCUCCUUCGUAUCCCCGCCGCCAGUAAUGAUGACCAGUCUGCCGUCAGAGAAUACUCCUCUGCUGUCGACUUCAAUUCCUCACAUAGAAGAGGGUGUCCAUUGUUUGAAUGAAAGGGGCUGUCCCAGUACCUGGGUGGUAUUCCAGGAGGAACUCGAGGUCCUCACGAAAUAUACCCUUCCUAUUUUUAUAACUAACCUGUUUCAAUAUAGUUUCAAUAUCGCUUCUGUAGUGGCCAUCGGGCGCAUCUCCACUACAGCACUUGCUGCUGCAACAUUAGCUUUCAUGACCGCAAGCGUAUCGGGCUACGCAAUCGUACAAGGUCUAGUAUCUGCUCUUGACACACUUCUCCCUGCAGCAUGGACAUCUAGUCAUCCGCAGUUAGUCGGCUUAUGGAGCCAACGCAUGUUUGUUGUGACGGUCGCAACUCUUAUCCCUGUUUUUAUGAUUUGGUUCAAUGCCGAAUUCAUUUUACUCUUGCUCAAACAAGAUCCUGAAGUUGCGUACCUGGCUGCUGUCUACUUGAGAUGGUCGUCUUUGGGGCUUCCAGCAUAUGCUUUCAACUGUAUUUUGCGUCGCUACUUUCAAUCUCAAGGACUCUUCGCUGUGCCAACCAAGAUCAUCCUGGUCGUGGCGCCGAUCAACGCCAUCUUGAAUUACGUUCUUGUGUGGGGCCCCGAGCCCAUCAGGGUUGGUUUUAUUGGAGCUCCAAUCGCAACUUCCAUAUCUUUCAAUUUGGUUUCGAUUUCAUCAGUAACAUAUGGCAUUUUUUACGUCGAUAGGACCGCCUGGCAUCCCAUCUCCAUACAGAGUUUUACUUGCUUGGGCAGUGUUAUCAAGCUGGGACUCGCUGGCAUUGGCCAGACAACAUUUGAAUGGUGGUCGUGGGAGCUCAAUAACUUGGCCGCUAGUUUGCUCGGGCCCGUUGCCCUAGCUACCCAAUCCGUCCUGCUCAUUUCAAGCUACUGUACAUAUCAAGCUCCCUUCGCCCUCUCCUUGGCUACUUCUGUGCGGAUUGGGAAUCUUCUGGGCGAGAAGCAGGCGAGGCGCGCCAGCGUUUCUGUAUACGCCGCGAUUGUUAUUGCAAUCGCAAUUUCGGUGAUAUGGAGCACUAUGUUUAUAUCGUUCAGGCAGUCGUGGGCGUAUCUUGUCAAUGAUGACCCCGAGGUGGUGGCGCUGGUGGCCUCCAUUCUUCCACUUGUCGCUAUGUAUCAGGUCUUCGAUGGGGUCGCCGCUGUUACUGGUGGCGUUUUGCGAGUACAGGGUAAACAACUCGUAGGCGCACUGCUCAAUUUCAGUGCUUUCUACGUCAUCGGCAUUCCUUUUGGUGUUUGGUUGACUUUUAGGAUGGACAUGGGACUGCUGGGACUAUGGGUGGGGUUCACAGUUUCCCUCAUUUAUUGCUCUGUCUGGGGCACAUAUCUGUGUAUUACAGCCGACUGGCAGAAAGAGGUGAGGAAAGUUGUGGAUAGACUUGCUGUUGAGAGCAAAAACGCAAAUCAGGUGGAGGCAGAUGAAUUUAUCUGAUACAUACUACCAUUUAAUAUUGUUGGAAGGGAGGAGACUAACUAGUUCUAGUGUUACUUUACAUCGUAAAUUAUUAGCCAAUCACCC